GGAUCACGAAGAGAGCGAGAGAGCGAGCGAGCGAGCGAGAGAGAGAGUAGUUUGGAGGUCAUGAGCGAUUGGCAAUGUGGAGAUAUGAUGUGGUCUAGUGAAGCGAUCCUAUCGGUCAUGCGUCACGAUGACACAGGUGUGUGUUGUGUGGUGUUGACUGAGUGAUUUGUUCAAAUGUACAGGAAAGAGGCAGUGAAAAACAGUGAGAAUACGAAGGAAUGCGACAUAGAGUAGAUGUGAGAUUGUGAACUUGAUUUUGGAUUGGCAUAUCGAGAUUGUCUGUUGAUUGUGCCAGGUAUCGUGAUGGUCGAUGUGGUUGACUUGAGUUUUCUACUUGUGAGAAUUGUGAGGUGAUAGUGUGUGGAUUGAUGAUGGGAUUGGAUCACGAAGAGAGCGAGAGAGCGAGCGAGCGAGCGAGCGAGAGAGAGUAGUUUGGAGGUCAUGAGCGAUUGGCAAUGUGGAGAUAUGAUGUGGUCUAGUGAAGCGAUCCUAUCGGUCAUGCGUCACGAUGACACAGGUGUGUGUUGUGUGGUGUUGACUGAGUGAUUUGUUCAAAUGUACAGGAAAGAGGCAGUGAAAAACAGUGAGAAUACGAAGGAAUGCGACAUAGAGUAGAUGUGAGAUUGUGAACUUGAUUUUGGAUUGGCAUAUCGAGAUUGUCUGUUGAUUGUGCCAGGUAUCGUGAUGGUCGAUGUGGUUGACUUGAGUUUUCUACUUGUGAGAAUUGUGAGGUGAUAGUGUGUGGAUUGAUGAUGGGAUUGGAUCACGAAGAGAGCGAGAGAGCGAGCGAGCGAGCGAGAGAGAGUAGUUUGGAGGUCAUGAGCGAUUGGCAAUGUGGAGAUAUGAUGUGGUCUAGUGAAGCGAUCCUAUCGGUCAUGCGUCACGAUGACACAGGUGUGUGUUGUGUGGUGUUGACUGAGUGAUUUGUUCAAAUGUACAGGAAAGAGGCAGUGAAAAACAGUGAGAAUACGAAGGAAUGCGACAUAGAGUAGAUGUGAGAUUGUGAACUUGAUUUUGGAUUGGCAUAUCGAGAUUGUCUGUUGAUUGUGCCAGGUAUCGUGAUGGUCGAUGUGGUUGACUUGAGUUUUCUACUUGUGAGAAUUGUGAGGUGAUAGUGUGUGGAUUGAUGAUGGGAUUGGAUCACGAAGAGAGCGAGAGAGCGAGCGAGCGAGAGAGAGAGAGUAGUUUGGAGGUCAUGAGCGAUUGGCAAUGUGGAGAUAUGAUGUGGUCUAGUGAAGCGAUCCUAUCGGUCAUGCGUCACGAUGACACAGGUGUGUGUUGUGUGGUGUUGACUGAGUGAUUUGUUCAAAUGUACAGGAAAGAGGCAGUGAAAAACAGUGUGAAUACGAAGGAAUGCGACAUAGAGUAGAUGUGAGAUUGUGAACUUGAUUUUGGAUUGGCAUAUCGAGAUUGUCUGUUGAUUGUGCCAGGUAUCGUGAUGGUCGAUGUGGUUGACUUGAGUUUUCUACUUGUGAGAAUUGUGAGGUGAGUCCGUCAAUUUUCUGAUGGUGUUGGUUUAGUUUGAAUGAUGCUAGAUAACAGUGUUGAUUAGUGAUUUUCACCAAGAUCUCUGAGGAACAGUUCUGACGAUUGUUUUUAUUUGACAGGUGAUAGUGUGUGGAUUGAUGAUGGGAUUGGAUCACGAAGAGAGCGAGAGAGCGAGCGAGCGAGCGAGCGAGAGAGAGUAGUUUGGAGGUCAUGAGCGAUUGGCAAUGUGGAGAUAUGAUGUGGUCUAGUGAAGCGAUCCUAUCGGUCAUGCGUCACGAUGACACAGGUGUGUGUUGUGUGGUGUUGACUGAGUGAUUUGUUCAAAUGUACAGGAAAGAGGCAGUGAAAAACAGUGAGAAUACGAAGGAAUGCGACAUAGAGUAGAUGUGAGAUUGUGAACUUGAUUUUGGAUUGGCAUAUCGAGAUUGUCUGUUGAUUGUGCCAGGUAUCGUGAUGGUCGAUGUGGUUGACUUGAGUUUUCUACUUGUGAGAAUUGUGAGGUGAUAGUGUGUGGAUUGAUGAUGGGAUUGGAUCACGAAGAGAGCGAGAGAGCGAGCGAGCGAGAGAGAGAGUAGUUUGGAGGUCAUGAGCGAUUGGCAAUGUGGAGAUAUGAUGUGGCCUAGUGAAGCGAUCCUAUCGGUCAUGCGUCACGAUGACACAGGUGUGUGUUGUGUGGUGUUGACUGAGUGAUUUGUUCAAAUGUACAGGAAAGAGGCAGUGAAAAACAGUGAGAAUACGAAGGAAUGCGACAUAGAGUAGAUGUGAGAUUGUGAACUUGAUUUUGGAUUGGCAUAUCGAGAUUGUCUGUUGAUUGUGCCAGGUAUCGUGAUGGUCGAUGUGGUUGACUUGAGUUUUCUACUUGUGAGAAUUGUGAGGUGAUAGUGUGUGGAUUGAUGAUGGGAUUGGAUCACGAAGAGAGCGAGAGAGCGAGCGAGCGAGCGAGCGAGAGAGAGUAGUUUGGAGGUCAUGAGCGAUUGGCAAUGUGGAGAUAUGAUGUGGUCUAGUGAAGCGAUCCUAUCGGUCAUGCGUCACGAUGACACAGGUGUGUGUUGUGUGGUGUUGACUGAGUGAUUUGUUCAAAUGUACAGGAAAGAGGCAGUGAAAAACAGUGAGAAUACGAAGGAAUGCGACAUAGAGUAGAUGUGAGAUUGUGAACUUGAUUUUGGAUUGGCAUAUCGAGAUUGUCUGUUGAUUGUGCCAGGUAUCGUGAUGGUCGAUGUGGUUGACUUGAGUUUUCUACUUGUGAGAAUUGUGAGGUGAUAGUGUGUGGAUUGAUGAUGGGAUUGGAUCACGAAGAGAGCGAGAGAGCGAGCGAGCGAGAGAGAGAGAGUAGUUUGGAGGUCAUGAGCGAUUGGCAAUGUGGAGAUAUGAUGUGGUCUAGUGAAGCGAUCCUAUCGGUCAUGCGUCACGAUGACACAGGUGUGUGUUGUGUGGUGUUGACUGAGUGAUUUGUUCAAAUGUACAGGAAAGAGGCAGUGAAAAACAGUGUGAAUACGAAGGAAUGCGACAUAGAGUAGAUGUGAGAUUGUGAACUUGAUUUUGGAUUGGCAUAUCGAGAUUGUCUGUUGAUUGUGCCAGGUAUCGUGAUGGUCGAUGUGGUUGACUUGAGUUUUCUACUUGUGAGAAUUGUGAGGUGAUAGUGUGUGGAUUGAUGAUGGGAUUGGAUCACGAAGAGAGCGAGAGAGCGAGCGAGCGAGCGAGAGAGAGAGUAGUUUGGAGGUCAUGAGCGAUUGGCAAUGUGGAGAUAUGAUGUGGUCUAGUGAAGCGAUCCUAUCGGUCAUGCGUCACGAUGACACAGGUGUGUGUUGUGUGGUGUUGACUGAGUGAUUUGUUCAAAUGUACAGGAAAGAGGCAGUGAAAAACAGUGUGAAUACGAAGGAAUGCGACAUAGAGUAGAUGUGAGAUUGUGAACUUGAUUUUGGAUUGGCAUAUCGAGAUUGUCUGUUGAUUGUGCCAGGUAUCGUGAUGGUCGAUGUGGUUGACUUGAGUUUUCUACUUGUGAGAAUUGUGAGGUGAUAGUGUGUGGAUUGAUGAUGGGAUUGGAUCACGAAGAGAGCGAGAGAGCGAGCGAGCGAGAGAGAGAGAGUAGUUUGGAGGUCAUGAGCGAUUGGCAAUGUGGAGAUAUGAUGUGGUCUAGUGAAGCGAUCCUAUCGGUCAUGCGUCACGAUGACACAGGUGUGUGUUGUGUGGUGUUGACUGAGUGAUUUGUUCAAAUGUACAGGAAAGAGGCAGUGAAAAACAGUGUGAAUACGAAGGAAUGCGACAUAGAGUAGAUGUGAGAUUGUGAACUUGAUUUUGGAUUGGCAUAUCGAGAUUGUCUGUUGAUUGUGCCAGGUAUCGUGAUGGUCGAUGUGGUUGACUUGAGUUUUCUACUUGUGAGAAUUGUGAGAUGAUAGUGUGUGGAUUGAUGAUGGGAUUGGAUAACGAAGAGACCGAGAGAGCGAGCGAGCGAGCGAGCGAGAGAGAGAGUAGUUUGGAGGUCAUGAGCGAUUGGCAAUGUGGAGAUAUGAUGUGGUCUAGUGAAGCGAUCCUAUCGGUCAUGCGUCACGAUGACACAGGUGUGUGUUGUGUGGUGUUGACUGAGUGAUUUGUUCAAAUGUACAGGAAAGAGGCAGUGAAAAACAGUGUGAAUACGAAGGAAUGCGACAUAGAGUAGAUGUGAGAUUGUGAACUUGAUUUUGGAUUGGCAUAUCGAGAUUGUCUGUUGAUUGUGCCAGGUAUCGUGAUGGUCGAUGUGGUUGACUUGAGUUUUCUACUUGUGAGAAUUGUGAGGUGAUAGUGUGUGGAUUGAUGAUGGGAUUGGAUCACGAAGAGAGCGAGAGAGCGAGCGAGCGAGCGAGAGAGAGUAGUUUGGAGGUCAUGAGCGAUUGGCAAUGUGGAGAUAUGAUGUGGCCUAGUGAAGCGAUCCUAUCGGUCAUGCGUCACGAUGACACAGGUGUGUGUUGUGUGGUGUUGACUGAGUGAUUUGUUCAAAUGUACAGG